GAUACAUAUUCUAUUCGUAGUUGUUGGUACCAGACCAAACUAUGGAUUAAUACAGAUCUACCACAAUCUUCUGCUUUUAAAAACAAGUUAAUUGCAUCAGGCGAAUAUGAGAAGGUUUCUCAAACAAGUUCACAACAACAUAUUUCAAUUUCUGAGGAGUUAUCUACAGGAAUGGUGUCUUUUAAAUUUAUUAAAGAUUUCCUUCAAUGCACUGAAGAGUCUACCUAUUGGAUUGCUAUAAAGAUUGUUUGUUUGGAACUUGGUCACAAAUGGUCAUACUUGGCUUGCAAGAAGUGUAUCACAAAGGUUGAUCCAAUGGGAGACAAAUAUUAUUGCUUAAAAUGCAAUGUUGAAGUUAUAUCAGUUAUUCACAGGUAUCGACUUCAAAUUCAUGUUACUGAUGAAACUGGAUUUAUAUCAUUAUUGUUGUGGAAUAAAGAGGUUCUACAACUAAUUGGAAAGACUGCCAAGGGAUUGAAGGAAGGAUUAAUAGGAGAUGCUGACAAUGGUUAUCCCACAGAACUUGAUACUUUGAUUGAGAAAAAGCUCAUGUUUAAAGUCCAGAUUAAGGAUUCAAACAUUAACAAGAAUGAUAAUGUCUACAAAGUAGUUAAGUUCAUUGAUGAUGAAGCAUUACUAAAGGAAUAUUGUCAUCCUUCUCUUAUACACAGUUUGACUGAGGCAUCCCUUGAUUGUGAACAGAGCAUUGAUGAAGAUAAACUAAUUGAGACACCUAUCAAGAAUAGCAUUUCAGAUUGUGUUUCUUCACAAACAGAAGAUGUGAUUGAUUUGACUAAAAAGAUAUAUCCCAAUAAUGGCAAACAAGUUGGAGUUCGGCCAACACAUGCAGAUGAUGAGGGAUUAAAUGUCAAACUACCAUCUAACAAGUUACGCAAAGUUAUAAAGAAUGAGAAAAAGGCAUAAAUUUGUCAGAAUGGGAGAUAGACUUUAAUUAUUUAAGUUAGUUUAUUUUAGAAUAUUAAACUAUCCAUUUCUGUUUUAAGAAUGUAUUUCAUUGUGUUAGUACUGAUUGUUGUUAUUUUACUUUCUAUAUAUG